AUGAAUAGAUUAUUUAUUUUUUGUCUAAUAUUAUGUGGCACUUCUUUACAAUUUGAAAAUGAAUGGCAGGUAAAAUAAUUGUCAUUAAUACCAAUAAUAAUUAUAAAAUCUGAAAUUAAUCAGAAUGCCUUGUCAAAUGCCAAAUUUCAAAAUCUAUCAAUUCAAUGUAUGAUAGAUACUGCAACAUGGUUGAAAUCUUUAGAAUUAAUUGCAACUGUUUCAACAGAAUGUAUUUUGACUCGAAAAUGUACGCCAAUGCAAGAAAUGAUACUUCUUCAGAAUUUGUAUGCAAUUCAACGUAAGAUUACUGUAUCAGAAAUAUUUAGUAACGAUAUGAUUUUACAGAACUUGAUGCAUUUGGAAAAUUCCCAACCGCUGGAAUUUUAGAAGCUAAAUUAAUAAUUGAUGGAUCUCCCCAAGAAUGUGAAAGAAUUAGUGGUGUAAAAUAUGAAACAAAUUAUUGUUAUCUUGCUCUUGCUCCAAGAGCAACCGAAGCAAUCUCACCAUAUCUCGCAUUACGAUCAGCAGUUUGUAUGCCAAAAUCAUGUUCUCCUCAAGAUCUUAUGAAUAUUUACAAUUCAAUUGAUCCAAUUUUAUUCGAUGCAAAAUAUGCAUUCUGUGCAAAAUAUGAUGUUGUCAAAGAUUCAGCUUUUUGGGGUUUUUCGAUUUUUUUAAUGGUUAUUGUUGCAAUCUCUAUUCUUGCAACAAUUGCUGAUUUUCUUCGUGAAUCUGUUUUUGGUCUUCGAUCUUCUGAAUCUAGCACAAAUAUUGUUUUGAAAAUUUUAUUUGCAUUUUCAUUUUGGACAAAUGCUGAAAUUGUACUUUCUGUGAAACAACAAAAAGAGGGACAUAUCAAAUCAUUAGAUUGUAUUCGAUUUAUGUCAAUGUCUUGGGUUGUAGCUGGACACAGUACUUUAUAUUUUGUAUCAUCGGGUAACUUAAAACUAAAAAAGAAUGAAUAAUUAUUUGAUUCAUUUUCAGAAGCAGUUCUUCCACUUUUAUCAAUUCAUAAAAGUUUAUGGAAUCAUAUAAUAACAAAUGCUCUUUUAUCAGUUGAUUCAUUCCUUUUACUUUCUGGAAUUGUUGUUUCAUACAUGUUUUUCAAAAAACGACCAACUUCAAAAACUAUGCGUUCUCCUCUAACAUGGAUAAUGUAUUAUGUUCAUAGAUAUCUUCGAUUGACACCGUCAAUUAUGAUUUUCAUCGGAUUUUUUACUGUAUAUUUUGCUUAUAUUCAAGGACCACAAGCUGCAUCAAUGGGAAGUGAGUAAAAAUAUCAAGAAUAAAAUAUAAACAAUCGACUGCCAAAACUUAAUUCUCACCAGCAAAGAUCUACAUAUCUACAGUAAUCCAAAAUUGUUCUUACAGAUACUCAUCUAACUCAAAUCUCCGGAUGUAAAUCAGAUUGGUGGCAAAACUUAUUGUACAUCAAUAACUUUGCCGCAGCUGAUGGUCAAACUUGUUAUGGUAUUUCUUGGUAUCUUGCUCUCGAUUUUCAACUUUUUCUUGUUGCUCCAAUUUUCAUAAUAGCACUCUAUAUUUCCUUCAAAAUUGGAGCUGCUUUGAUUGCAAUUGGAUGUAUUGUUAGUAUUGCAAUCACAUAUAUUUUAUACAGUCAAUACAAAAAUAUGUCUGCUGAUAUUGUUAUCACCGAGUGAGUUUUGAUAUGUUUUUUUUUUCAAAUCAAAAUUAACGUUUUCAGUGCAAGUGGUAAAUUUGGAACUUAUCUUUAUGAUAAACCAUGGAUUCGUGGAACUCCAUAUUUGGUUGGAAUUUUAACCGGAUAUAUUCUUUCAAUGCGACCAAUAAGGCUUAAUUGGUUUCUUCGAAUAAUCGGAUGGAUGAUUGCAAUUGCAAUCGGAUUAGCUUGUAUUUUUUCAAAUUAUCAAUAUGACAAAGGAGCAGAUUGGGGUUGGUUUGCUAAAGCGAGUUUUUACAACUUUUCAAGAUUCGGUUGGUCAAUUGCUGUUAGUUGGGUUAUAAUAGCAAAUCAUUUUGGAUGGGGUGGCCCAAUUAAUAAUUUCAUGUCUCAUCCAAUUUGGCAACCAUUUGGUCGAUUAUCUUAUUGUGCUUAUAUUGUUCAUUGGGUUGUACUCUUUUAUUAUGUCAAUCUUGGAGAACGUCCAUUGCAAUAUUAUUCAUUAUGGCAAGUGGUAAGUACAUGGUUUUUUGAGUAAAAAAUUUAAAAUUGAAAGAUAGCCAUCUGGCCACUUUUUUUCGAGAAAGCCAAAAUUUGAGUCUGAAUUGAAUUAUUUCAUUUCAAAAAAGAUAUCCUAUUUUACGAAUCCUAUUCAGAUUUUCGAAAUCUGGCCUACUCCUUUUCAGAAAUCCCACGAAAACCUAAACUCGUGAUAAUUUCAGUAUUGUUACUAUGCAAUUCCUGCCACAUUCUUAUCAUAUGUCGCUGCUUUUUUCUGGAGUUGUUUAUUCGAACAAAGUGUUGCCAAACUCGAAAAACUACUAUUCUCCAAGCUACUUCUCAACAACGAAAAACAAUCACCAAAACAAAAUUCGUGGGACAUUGAGGACACAAAAAUGUAA